CUUUACGGUAGAGAGGGCAUGACAAAACCCGUACUGGAGUAUCACGCACCCCGGAGCUUUUCCACGACCAGGGGGGGAAUCACAAAACCCGGACUGGAGUCUCACGCACCGCCGACCUCCGGAGCUUCUUAUGGUUUUGGCUAAAAACCUUCCACCACCGGACCGCCUGCAGACCAGAGGGAGAGUUAGAGAUUAGUCUCACUGAAAACCUCAGCAGUCUCAUAGGAGUCAUCUAUAGAAGCAGAAGAAGACAUUAAACACACCAGGUGUAAGAUGGCAGCGUUAUUCAGCGGGAAGUCCCUGGUGGUGAAUCAUGGAUCAAAGGAUGAUUUUGUCAGAGUGAGGAAAAGAGAUUUGGAGAAGUUAACCACAGAAGUGAUGCAGCUCAGGGAGUUCCUGCGAGUUCUGAAUGGGGAACUGAUUCAGAUGCUGCAGAAAGCUCAAACAAGUCAGACAGUGAAGGAUCAUCUAGAGCAGAAACAGGAGCAGCUCAGGCAGGAGAGUCUCCACCUUCAGGCCCGACUGGAUGCAGCUCAGAGUGAAUGUCAGAAGGAGAGAGAGGAGAAGCUGCUGUUGCGAGAGCAGCUGUGGCAGAGUGGAUCAGAGCUGCAGCAGCAGGCCGCCUUCUGCUCCGGUCUGGGAUCAGCAGCCUGCAGUCUGCUGUGGAGCUGCUCUUCCAGGGAGGAGACGGUGACGCUGUGGCUGGCUGAUGGGAAGCUGCGGUCCUUCCUCACCGUCGCUGCUCAGACCCUGGAGAGCUUCGUCAGGUCCCUGGAUGAAGACAUGAAGACUCAGACUGAGGACCAUAACUCCCAUGAGCACCAGUUUGUGCUGGCGCUGGCUGGGACCAUCACCAACAUCGCAGCGGUCCCUUGUGGGCGGGACUUCCUGUCCAGCUCAGCGCACGUCUUACUGGACACUCUGGUGAAGCUGCUGGAGCUCCUGAAGCCGGGAGUCUUCCCCAAACUCAAAGUGUUGCUGCUCAUGUCUCUGUACAAUGUGACCAUCAGCAUUAAAGGACUGAAGCACAUCAGUGGGAACCAGAACCUGAUGUCUCUGAUCUGGACGCUGCUGGACGAUGGACACUGGGAGGUCAGUCUUCACUCUCUGCGCCUCCUGCAGUCGGUGCUGUUGGAGGAGGAGGUUCUGCUCCUGUUGGGCUCCUCUCUGCUGGAUCCAGACCUCCAGGCUCGAGUCGUCCGGCUCACCUCCAGCCUCCAGCCCAGCCUCAGACUGGCAGCUCAGCAGACCCUGGAGGACCUGCAGGCCUUACAGCAGGGCCGAGGAUGUAAACACAACAGAGUCUGAUGAGGAUUCUUCACCUCCACAGAGGAAAAGUUAAACGUGAUAAAGUGAGAAAAGAGGUUUUAUGUCGGAACUUUUCUACCAGCGUUGUUCAGUGUUGGACUUCCAGGUUUGUUCACAGCAUCCUGUUUGUUCCUCUUUCAGUAUAAAAGCAGUAAUUCAGGUUUGUUCACACAUUAAAGAGGAUGUUUGAACUCCU